CAGCGGCUGAAUGGAAUACCGUCGCGCAUGCGCAUUGGCCAAAACAACUCAGCGUUCGCAGAGCUGAAUGGACGCACCGGCUAUGAUGCUACGUUUAAAGACUUGAUUGACAGCACGUUAUCCUCCGGAAUCCAAGCUCGCAAUGGGAAAAGGCUGUAAAGUUGUGGUGUGUGGCCAAGCAGCAGUUGGGAAAACUGCCAUUCUGGAACAUUUGCUGUACGGAAAUCACUCUGUGGGUUCCGAAUCCAGCGAGACCCAGGAGGACGUGUACGUGGCCUCGGUGGAGACGGACCGCGGCGUGAAGGAGCAGCUGAGGCUUUAUGACACCAAAGGCCUCCACGAUGGGCAAGACCUCCCCAAACACUACUACUCGGUGGCAGACGGCUUCGUGCUCGUCUACAGCGUCGACAGCUCCGAGUCCUUCAGGAAGGUCGACACGCUCAAGAAGGAAAUCGACAAGUCCAGAGAUAAAAAAGAGGUGACGGUCAUCGUGCUGGGGAACAAGACGGACCUGCGGGAGCGGCGUCAGGUGGAGCAGGAGGCGGCGCAGCAGUGGGCGCGCGGCGAGAAGGUGAAGCUGUGGGAGGUGAGCGUCACCGAGCGCAACUCCCUCAUCGAGCCCUUCACCCAGCUGACCAGCCGCCUCACGCAGCCCCAGAGCAAGUCGGCCUUCCCUCUGCCCGGACGCAAGAGCAAAGGCGCGUCCAACGACAUCUGAACCUCGGGCCUCCUCCAAGCCUGGUAGCAUCUCGCGAUUUGCGUCCUCGUCCGGUCCGUCUCGUGUCCCCCGUGCGGCCCGGCAGCAAUAAUGUUCACGGUGCUGCCUCUGCUUGUGGUAAUGCGCGUCCAGCCUGUGUGAUCUGAUAGAGAUGCUACUUAGAGCUGUAGAAGCAUCUCGUCGAGAGGAUAUUUAUUUACUAAUUUAUUUUUGUCACUUUAAUGAGCCGCAUUCCUUGACUUCUGAAAAUGUAACGGAUGUCCCGCAAUGUUUUGUGUCCUUAAUGUCCCAAAGUAAUAACACUUAAUGUGCUGCUAGUGAACAGAGUUAGAGGGACUGUAAUCCUAAAGUUUUCUCUGCUCUGUAACCGUCCUAAGAUUCACUGAAUAAAAUCGUAGCCUCUUCA